AUGAGUGAACAGAGCUAUAUUCUUGGCAAAUCUUCUUCUUAUAAAGAAGAAGAAGAAUACAUAUCACCUACAUUGUAUGAAAGCAGCUCGCACAAAUCUCUACAUUCCCUUCAAAACAAAAUUAUUUGUAAAAAAUCAUCAAGUAUUUCUUUAUCCAAUGAUUACGAAGAAUCUCAACAAGAACCUUUAAACUCUAAAGAACAUAUUAAUAAAAAAUUAAUAGAUUAUCAAAAACCUAAAAAUUCUACGAGUAGCAAAUCUUCAUCAAGCAAAAGCUCGGGCAGUGGCUCAAAAUCACCGAGAAUUCUAUCGAUUUCCGCAAUUGAGUCAUACAAAAAAGUUAUGAAUGAUUUAAUAGAACCAAAUUUGUCUCCCACGUCAAAUGACAGACCAAUCCCAUUGAAACCUUAUACUCCUAAGAAAAAGCAAAUUGUUCGUAAAUAUAACUUAGAUCUCUUCCGUUCUGAUAGCGAUGAUUCUACAAAAGAUUCAAAUGGAAAGAAGCCAGUAGGAGAAAGUAGGUAUUUAGCAGCUCACCCAGAUAAAAGUGACCCAUUUUACAAUACAGAUAGAACUAUUGAUGAUGUUACUACAAUUAUUGAAGAGGCAAUUCCACUUCAAAACAAAUCUCUAUACGCUGACGAUACUAUUGAAGAAGGCCAUUGCUCGCCAACUCCUCUUCAAAUCGGAAAUAAUCAAUAUCUCGAUAUGACAAUGACCACUGAAACGGGCAUUUUCUUCUCUUCCACCAUUGAUUACACUAAAAAGCGCCACUCUCCAAGCAAGAAAUUAUCACAUAAUGAGUUAGAUCAAAAUUCAAAAGUCAAACAAAGCAAAUACUUAGAAGAACUUACUACUCAAGAACAAUGA